AUGUGUCUAAAGUAGUCUUACUUGGAGUGGGGGAGGGAAGGACCUGGAGGUUCCAGCAUCUAAAUUCGUCUCUGGGUCAGGAUGACUCAGGGGGAACCUGAUAAGGGGCCGACGCAGGGGCGUAGGGCAGACAGGAGUUGGGAAAUUUCCACUGGGAUCUGUUUGCUUCCUAGGCUUGGGGUCUCAGCCUGCCGCAGGCAGUAAUGAGGCUGCUUCUGAUCUAAGAUGGGGUUCCUCCUUGUCAGGGCAGGUCUCAGCCUGGCCCAGUGUCAGUGGCCCAACAAGAAUACUUUCUGUCUCUAAUUUUCUUCUCUUGGGCCAGAAGCAGCUUCAAACUAUACCUUCCAGUAAGCCACAGUUUUUUGUUUUUUGUGUUUUUUUUUGUUUUUUUUUUUUUUUAAUUUAUAUUUAUUUUUGGCUGUGUUGGGUCUUCGUUUCUGUGCGAGGGCUUUCUCCAGUUGUGGCAAGCGGGGGCCACUCUUCAUCGCGGUGCGCGGGCCUCUCCCCGUCGCGGCCUCUCCCGUUGCGGAGCACAGGCUCCAGACGCGCAGGCUCAGUAGUUGUGGCUCACGGGCUUAGUCGCUCCGCGGCAUGUGGGAUCUUCCCGGACCAGGGCUCGAACCCGUGUUCCCUGCAUUGGCAGGCGGAUUCUUAACCACUGCGCCACCAGGGAAGCCCCUAAGCCACAGUUUUAAGUACCUGCUCCAUACAAGCCACUGUAUAGAUGGAAUUCAAAGAAGUGUGAUGUCUAGUCAUACCCUCUCUAGAGCGUAGGAUCCAGUAGUUGAGUGAAGGUAUAAAGAUAGAAAAAAUUAAGAAGUGAUGUAUAUAUAAGUUAAUUGUUUAGACAAUAAGUCCUAUAGCAAUAGUUUCCCACCCUUUUCAAAUGGGAGAUCAGAGAUUUCCAUUUCCAAAUGAUGGUUUUAGAAUCCCCUGAUGGGGACAAACCGUGAAUUCAGCAAUACUUUCAAAUAAAUUUGUUCAGUCUUCUGAUAAUCGCAACAUCUAUGCAUCUAUGCACCUACAUGUGCAAAGCUUAUUAUUUACUCAACGACCAGUCUUCUGUGUACAUACAGAUUGCAGAGGUCCUUGCAAGAACUCAGAAACCCUUGCCCCAGGAGGCUGCAGCCCACAGGCUAGGAACCAUUAUCUUAGUAUAAUUCAGAGGAGGAAAAGGGUUGGUUUUCUUUUAAAGCAACGAGUGCUCAAGCUGUUUCAUUUUGGGCUUUUUUUAUGAAUUUAUUUUUUACUUAUUUAUUUUUGGCUGCGUUGGGUCUUUGUUGCUGCGCGCGGGCUUUCUCUAGUUGUGGCGAGUGGGGGCUACUCUUUCUUGCCGUGCACGGGCUUAUCAUUGUGGUGGCUUCUCUUGUUGCAGAGCACGGGCUCUAGGCGUGCGGGCUUCAGUAGUUGUGGCUCGCGAACUCAAUAGUUGUGGCUCACGGGCACCAGAGCACAGGCUCAGUAGUUGUGGCGCGAGGGCUUAGCUGUUCUGCGGCAUGUGGGAUUUUCCCAGACCAGGGCUCGAACCCGUGUCCCCUGCGAUGGCAAGCAGAUUCUUAACCGCUGUGCCACCAGGGAAGUCCCAGGAAAAGGGUUUUGUUCCUAGGGUAAACCCUAUGAAGAGUACAACAAUGGAGUACUUGAGUGGUAAGGAGGGGCAUUCUAUCCAGGCAGAGAGAGAUCAUGAAGGAAAGUUUUGGGACAGAAAUACACAAGUUACUUUGAUGAAUUGAAUAGUAGCUACUAUGUGCAAGGUAAUUCCCAUAUAUUAUCCCCUAAUACUAUGUAAGGUAAGUACUAUUGUCCUCACUAUACAGAUGAAGAAAUUAAAGCUCAGAGAUGUUCAGUGACUUGCCCAAGGCCACUCAGCUAGUAGAUGACUUAUCUAAGACUGAAAUCCCCAGAUUCAUUCCACUCCAAGGUUAUUCUCUCUCCACUAGGCUUCAGGUAGCUUCUGAAGCAUAUAAUGAUUAGGCCAUUAUGGCCCCGGAUGAAGAGUAAUGUUGAUGAAAGGUAGGUGAUGUUUGGUAAGGUAGAUUGGAGCCAAGUGUGAAGGUCCUUGAAUGACAGGCAAAAAGGUUUGGCAUUUCAGAAAGGUUUGAAGAUCCAUAGAGUGUUCUUGAGUAGCAGCAAUGGAUAAAUAAUUGUUCUGUGAAAAUUAAUCUGAUGGGGGGUUUAAAAGAGAUGGAUUAUGGGGUGGAUAGGGGUGAAGCAUUUGACUUAGGAAAGAGGUCGUUUAGAAGUCAGGAUAAUCAACUGGAUAUGAGAUGACAGGGACUUGAAUAAAGUGUGGGAGUAAUAGCAAUGGAAAGAAAGGAGUGGAUUUGUAAGACAAGGGAAAUUAUAGGAAUUGCUGACUGAUUAGAUGGGAAGGAGAGGAAAGUCACCAACCUAGUUGCUCUCUUUUAGGGGCCCUGAAGUUCAUUCAUCUGUAUCGUUUCUAGCCAGAGAAAAGGCCAAAGAGAAACCCCUUCUGAAAGAAGAAACAACACAUUUAGAAAAAACUGAAUAAAAUUAUAGCUUUACUUUUAAAAAAAAGGGGCGGGGGGGUGGAAUUCACUGGCGGUCCAGUGGUUACUCAGUGCCUUCACUGCCCGGGCCAGGUUCAAUCCCUGGUCCGGGAACUAAGUUCCCACAAGCCACACGGUGCAGCCCCAAACAACAAACAAACAAACAAACAAAGAAAAUCCUUGACCUGCACAGAAAAUUAUCUAGAGUCUGAGGCUCAACCUCACCCUGACCCACCCAGAUGUGCGACCCUCCAAGGCCCAUGCUCUUUCCACAUGGGGCCCAACUUUGGAAGCCAUUUAAAGCUCCUAUUACACCUGGUCUGCCAAAGCCAGUGGGAUUUUCCAUGUUGGUUAUGAACCUGGGCCUGGAGACUAGAAAAAAGGACAAUGUUGGACUGAUGUCAACCUGUUUCCAUUAACUCCUUCCCUGAGCUCUCCUCACCUUUUUUUUUUUAAUUUUAUUUAUUUAUUUAUUUAUUUGUGGCUGUGUUAAGUCUUCGUUUCUGUGCGAGGGCUUUCUCUAGUUGCGGCAAGUGGGGGCCACUCUUCAUCACGGUGCACGGGCCUCUCACUAUCGCGGCCCCUCUUGUUGCGGAGCACAGGCUCCAGACGCACAGGCUCAGUAAUUGUGGCUCACGGGCCUAGUUGCUCCGCAGCAUGUGGGAUCCUCCCAGACCAGGGCUAGAACCCGUGUCCCCUGCAUUGGCAGGCAGAUUCUCAACCACUGCGCCACCAGGGAAGCCCUCUCCUCAGCUUUUGUUGAGGGACAGAGCAUAAGGCAAUUUGAUAAAGACCCAGAAGACUGGGUCAAGCAGGGCUGAAACCAUGAGGGAAGCUUGAUCACCUGCAGAGAUCAGGAGGUUGGCAACAUGCUCAAAGCAGCGUGCAAGUCCUCCCUUCCCCUCCUCCCUCACCCGCAAGUCUCCCCCAUACUGUCCUCCCCCAUCUCCAGUUGACCAUGGCAUCAGAAGCAGAAAGAACAUUCCAGCGGUUUGCUGUCUUUGGAGAAUCGUCAAGCAGUGGCACUGAAAUGAACAACAAGAACUUCUCCAAGCUGUGCAAAGACUGUGGCAUAAUGGAUGACAAGACGGUCACCUCCACUGACGUGGACAUCGUGUUCAGCAAAGUCAAGGCCAAGAAUGCCCGAACCAUCACUUUCCAACAGUUCCAGGAAGCAAUGAAAGAACUGGGCCAGAAGCAGUUCAAGGGGAAAAGCCCAGAUGAAGCCCUGGAGAACAUUUAUAGACUCAUGGAAGGCAAAGACCCAGCUACCACCGGUGUUACUAAAGCAAUGACGGUGGGAGGGGUGAGCCGGCUGACGGACACCAGCAAGUACACGGGCACCCACAAGGAGCGCUUUGACCAGAGUGGCAAGGGUAAAGGCAUCGCGGGACGGGAGGACAUGACUGACAACUCAGGCUACGCUUUCCCCUCUCCAGGACGCCACACGCUCUCCAACUCCAGGAGGACUCUACACCUCACAGGACAGAAGACCUCCAUGAUCUGGCCGCCACCGUGUCUCCAACUGCAUCUCCAUCUCUGCCUGCUUCCCCCAUUGGUGCCCACCCCGCCUCUCGCUCACGUUAUCUCCUCUACCCAGCAUGCUGCUCUCUCCUCCCGCUCUCACCCCCGUCAGUUCCGCUGAGCCAGCUCAUGUGAAGAUCAGCCCGGAUGUCCUGUUUAAGAAGCGUCUGCUUGGAGCACCUCCCCAGGGAAGUGUGCACAGCCAAGUGAGUGAGGAUAAAGCCCACAUAGGCAGGUGGCUCAUCUGUAUCCUUCAGGCUGGUGUAUCAGCCAACACCCAGUGGGAAUCCAUGCAGGGUGGGGCCAGAGCCUGGCUGACUCAGGUCUUUGUUUUGAGGAAACUAGCACUUUGUGGCCCCAGCCUCAGCGUGUGCCACCUCUUCCUUAUUUGCUCAAGGCUGCAGCUUCCCUUGGAAGAGAAAGGGGCUUUUCAUGCCUCUUGGUCGUCUUCUUUCUUCAUUCCUACCCACCCACCACCGCUCACCUCUGCACACAGUGUUACAGAGAUGGAACAGCACAUAGUAGAGGAAAGAGUUUAGGCCUUGAUCUCAGAUAACCUACUGAGCUUCUGUUUCCUCUUCUAUAAAAUGAAAGUCUUCCUUACCUCAUGAGGCUGCAAGAAUAAAAUGAGAUGGUCAAUAUGGAGGUGACUUUUAGCCAUUAAACAAUAUAUAAAUGGAUAACUGGAUACGGUCUCCUAGGUCUUAUACCAACUCACUUUUUUCCCCAACUCACUUAACAUCUGCAAAGCCUUCUGCCUUUUUUUUUUUUUAAUGUAUUUAUUUUAUUUAUUUAUUUUUGGCUGCGUUGGGUCUUUGUUGCUGUGCGCGGGCUUUCUCUGGUUGUGGCGAGCGGGGAAUAUCCUUCCUUGCGGUGUGCAGGCUUCUCGUUGCGGUGGCUUCUCUUAUUGCAGAGCACGGGCUCUAGGCGCAUGGGCUUCAGUAGUUGUGGCACGUGGGCUCAGUAGUUGUGGCUCGUGGGCUCUAGAGUGCAGGCUCAGUAGUUGUGGUUCAUGGGCUUAGUUGCUCCGCGGCAUGUGGGAUCUUCCCGGACCAGGGCUCAAACCAGUGUCCCCUGCGUCGGCAGGUGGAUUCUUAACCACUGUGCCACCAGGGAAGCCCUGCAAAGUCUUAUAUUCCCCAAAUGAGCCAAGUGACCUCCCCACAUCUCCACUCUGCCAAUCUAGAGCCCUAUUUAACACCUGACUUAAAUUCAUCUUCACCAAGAUUUCUAUUAGUCAUGCCCCACGUUGAUUACUUUUAAAUACUUUAAAUUGUUGAAUACUAAGAAAAUAGAAAGGUAAAUAAGACAGUUCCAGUCCAGAUUAAAUUUACAAUUCAGUAGGAACAACACACGUAUGAACAUAUGUUAAAAAGGCAUGAACACGGGACCAGGAAAAGUGCUGAGUGUGCGAUGGGCCUUCACGUUCCUACCUACAGUCCUACUGGUCUGGUCUUUAAAAUCCUAUCCCAGAGGAGCUGAUCCAUAAGAUUGCUUCAUCCAUUCUGACAAAGCCUGAGAUUUGUGGAAUUGUUACCCCAUUACACUGGACUUUAUAUAUGCAAGAAUCGUCCUAGAGAUGAAGAAACUAAGUUUUAGAGAGGGAUAGUAGCUUGCUUGAGGUCAUAUGUCUAAUUCAGUAGUUCUCAAUGGGGAGCAAUUGGAUCACAUCUGGAGACUUUUUUUGGUUGUCACAACUGGGAGGUGCUACUGGCAUCUAGUGGGUAGAGGCCAGAGAUGCUACUAAACAUCCUACAUUGCACAAGACAGCUCCCACAGCAAAGAAGUAUCUAGACAAAAAUGUAGAUUGUGCUGAGGUUGAGAAAUUCUGGUCUAAUGAGAGAAUCAGAUUUCCUAACAAAAGCAGACUUAUUUAUACUUUAUAUAUUGAAAAGGAUUGGUAAAUAUCCAAGACUUAGAAAUAUUUUUGUUAGACUUUGCUUGUGAUGGUGCUGGUUCUUCUACCAGCAAAAGGAUUAUUGAUAGUUCAUCAUUGAAACAACUUUUCGUUAUUUUUCCCGUAAAAGUGACUUUCUGCAUAGAGCCAUCUACACAUUCUUUCCCUCCUCCCCUCCCCAAUGGUAGGAUUUCUAGAACCACUGGCUAGAGUGACAAGUGCAGGGGUGAUUCCCUAUGAUUGAGGGGGAGCCCCAAGAUUUUGCCCCAAGUGAGCUCACUACAAUCUCAGUGGCAUCACUUUUGCCCUGUCCAACUCAUAUUGUUCAAAUAGCAAACCGUGUCCUGGGUUGUCCUUGAACCCAAAGGAUUGCUUCAGCCAUUUCAACCUUCUUGUCAUAGGUUCACCUCCUCCCCAGGGUGAAAGUUCAGGAGCUGCCUUGUCAGUUCCUCAGCUGGGACUGGGAUGAUUCAGGUGAUACCACCUGGGACUGGGAUCAUUCAAGGGCUGAAUGAAUGCCUUCUAAUGUAGAAUUUGAAUCAUUUAGGGUCCCUUAUUUGCAAGGCACUAUGCUACAUCCUGUGGGAGGUACAGAAGUAGUAUAACAGAUGGUCCUUGUCUUCUGGGAAUUGACAGUCUAAACUGGAGGAAAGCAAUAAAUAUAUAUGAAGAAAUAACCAAUGACUCAAGGCAGAAAAUUAUACAUCUUGAAGAUAGUAAAUGUUGUAGGAAUUUAGAGGUGAGAGAGAUCCCUCUGAAUUAGGAGGGUCAGAGAAAGUUUUCUGGGGAGAGAGGGAGUCACCUGGGACCUCGGGGUGAGUCUCAAGGAACAGUUGAGUUAAGUGGAGAUAAAGAGAAUUAUGAAAGGUAUGUUUGAGGAAAGAGAGAAAACCAGCCUGGCUGGGUUGAGGCAAUCAGUGGGAGAAAAGUCAGAGAUAAAGUUAGAAAGACGGGUUUGCCAGAUUACGGCAGACCUUGAAUAUCAGGCUAAGGAAUUUAUAUUUUA